AUGCUGGAAGCGAAGACUCUAUCGGUUCGCGAAGUGCAGUCCACCUCCCCUCUGCUCGAUAAAUAUCAGAUGUCUUAUGGGGAGGAUUUCCUAAAGUUUUCGGUAAUCCUCAUCAUAACGGACAAGUCAGGCAGUACGUCAGGGCUGUGCGCGUUAGCACUGGAUAAGUCUUUUCUAAGGUUGAAACUCUCUGUAAUAGUCGAGGUCAGUGGAUGCUUCAUGGGUACAGAUGUCCUGAGUUUCCGAUCUCUGUUGACCGCAGUUUUGAAGGAUGAUGAGGAAGCGAUGGUACUGGUUGCACUGGUCAAAAAAGCUGUGAGGAUCGCACGUGAACGUUUUGCAGAAUCUAUCCUGACAACCGACUCAAAAAUGAAACAUGUAGAUGAUUUCGAGCGACUUGGGUAA